AUGGUGAAAUUUUCAAUUUAUUCAGGUGUUUGGAUUCUCACGAUCCUGGUGAUUAUUUUUUCCGUCACCGGAAUCAAAAACUAUAACAAUAUAAGUACCAUUGAUCGUCAGUAUUACGAGCAAUUGGAAGCAUUGCAAGACGUAUAUGUUUCCCUAAAUGACGCACGCAUAUACGAUUCAUCGACGUUCAAAGAAUUGAAAGAAUCAGAAAGAUUGCACAAACAGAAGUUAACAAAUAUUCCAGUCGAUUUCGAGAAUGCGUUGGUUCCAAAUUCCUUUGUAAACGUAAUAAACUAUUACGUCGAUGAUAAUUAUGGUACCGAAGCAAGUUCGAUUCUAACCUUCAACCACACAUCGCAUACAAUUGUAAAGAAGAGUAAAGCAUCGCAAUUGGACCGUGUGAAUUAUCUAUGGAAACGAAGAACUUUGUGUGCCGUUUCCGACAACGAACAGCAUAAUUUGGAAACCCUGUUUCACGAUGAUGUUUCCACCGACGCCGGUGAAAAGGAAAACGUAAAGAAGAAAACGUUAUUGAACUACGACGAACCACUUUUCAUGAACAAUAUUGACGAUUCCGAUGCUUUGAAAACACAUAUACGAGUAAAAAGAAGCAAAUUAAUAUCAAAACACGAUUCGUCGUUCGCGAACGAACAAGAAUAUUUGAAAGAUUUGGCUAACUCCUUCCCUCGUAAUUCCUAUGAAUCGAUCGAUGAAAACUCUUACGACGACGACGUCUCAUUCGACACGAAACGAGAGAUCAAGUCCCAGGGACUCUUAGCGAACGACGAACCCAUUAAAUCCAUCGAAUUAAGUAAUCCGGAAGCAGAAGACGAGAACGACGAAUCGAAAAAUCUCGACUUUAAUCCGUUCAUGAUCCGUUUACCCCCUAACACCGACGAAUCAGCCAGAAAUGUUAUCGUUGGUAAGAGAAAAUCGUUUCCCUCCGAAAUAGCUAUCGACCCGCCAUCUGACGCUAUUAAGGCGAACAAGGUUUCGGUUACAAACCGACAAUCGCAAGACUUAAACGUGGAAGAUCCUCUGCUAGCGGUAGAAUUGGUUAGAAAGAAACGAAACGAUUACGCGAAAGCUCAAAAUAAAAGGAAUUUACGAGAGAAAGCUUCGUUGCAUCGUCCUGACUCGUUUUUGUCGCGUAUCGAUCAAAAAACUUCAGCAGACACGAAUGUCAGAUCGGAGAAGACAUCGAACGAAAAGAAACGAUCGAUGCUGGAUCCGAAAAAAGCUGCGAGGGAUUUGAACGUUGAAAGUAAGGGCAGAGAGCCUUCGAAAUUGGCUAUCGCUGAUUUGAAGGCGGCCCUGCUGCGAUUUAAGAGGACCGCGAAGAACAGUCGUCGCGAGAAACGUUUUAAGGAUAGGAAGAAAAAGAAGGGCAACGAUUCGUCGAAAAACGCGCGUUCGAAAAAUACGGAUCGGUCAAGAUCGAUACGCGAAAGGAAAGACAGUGAAUCGAAACGCAGGGGUAAAUCAAACGUAGGAAUUGCUAAUGUAGUGUCUAAGAAAACUAUUGACAACAAUUUUCGCCGUAGAUACGCAAAAUCGAAAGAAUCGAACGUAAGAGCCGAUUACGACGAUGAUCGUUCACCGAUACGCGCGAGAUUGACAAAUGGCGACGGGAAUAAAAUCAACGGUGAUAAUUCUGAAUUCUUAUUGGCCGCGGAUAGAGGAAACGGCGCCAACGACGUCAUGGCGGAAUCGGACGAAAUCACGGAUGACCAAAGGGCCGAUACGGCGGAAGACGAAAAGUCAAUUGCAUCGACGGUGGACAGGUCGAAGCUACGCACAAAGAGAGACGAAAAUACGGAAGCGAAUCACGGUUUCCUGAACGGGGAAGACGAAUUGAGAUACUACGAGGAUAUUCGAGAGCCGGAGCGAGAAACUGUCGGAUGCGGCGGUCGCGAGAAAAGUCCGCGUUCGCGAGGCAAGGAGCAAGGCACAAGGACGGUACGAUCGAUCGAAGAGGUGAAAGAACUGGUGAAGAAGUUGGUCACGAAAGUGAAUGAGCUUGACAGUUAUUUAAACGUCGACGAGGCCAAAAGGAACGAGAGAGGAGGGAAGAGAAUCGUGACGCGCGCGAUCGAUGAUUUAUGCUCGAACGUUACCACCGCUUGCGACGGUUUCAAGGAACCGCGUAAAAUCGUUCAGACAUGCGUCCCGUCUGCUGCGAAAACUGUGGUCGAGAGAAAGGCGGACGUGGGUAAACGUUUUAACGCGGGAAAAGAAAGUUCACCGAGGAGACGGUCGACGUACGAACGUGGCGCCGGAACGCCAUCGAAUGCGACCGAAACGCCUCGCGGAGAGAGUCAAAAGCAGCAAAGCAAAUGGGGCAGGUGGACGGACUGGAGCAGCUGCAGCGUCACCUGCGGGAAGGGUCGGCAGAUCAGAUGGCGGUAUUGCUUGAACGAUUGCAGCACCGCCGAGACCGAAAUGGAGGAGAAGGCCUGCCAAUUGCCCGCUUGUCCGCCUGGAAAAUUCCUCGGUAUAUUUUAAGCUCCUACUGACAAUACGAUUCGUUCGAAAACGUCUCUCACGCCGCAAACCUAACCGCACUAACGACGAAGUGGACGUUCUCAUCUUUCCCGCCAAAACGUGAGUAACUUUUUCUGAGAAAUAUACAAACGCAACGUACCAAACU